AUGUGUGAAGCCAAAGAGCAGCGCAAACCGAAUCCGGUGCUGAAGGCGAAUAUCUUUUCCAAGUGGUUUUUUGUCUGGUCACGUGAGAUUCUGCGCAAGGGCGUGCGCAAGAAUAUCGAGCCCACGGAUUUGUAUGCGCAUGUGCCCAGUUUGGAUAGCCAUGAGCUAUCGCGCUAUUUGUUGUCCUAUUGGGAGCAGGAGCUGCGCCGCAAGCAGCCCAGUGUGCUGCAUAUGAUCUUCAAGGCAUUUGGCUGGCGUUUUGUGCCCAUUUGCAUACUAUACUCGCUGCUGGAGAUAUCGCUUCACACCAUGCAGCCAUUGUUCCUCGGACGCCUGGUCUCGUACUUCUCGGAAAGCACGGACAACGUGACAGAAAGUGCCGCCUACUUUUAUGCAAUGGGCGUGGUAUUGUGCUCACUAUUUACGGCGCUGUGCUAUCAUCCCUUUAUGUUCCAUCUGUUUAAGUUGGGCUCAAGCGUACGCCUCGCUUGCGCUGGUCUCGUCUACAGAAAGUGCCUGCGCGUCUCUGUGGCGGCGGAUAACAGUGGAAUGAGUGGAUAUGCCAUUGCUAUAAUGGCCACAGAUCUGCCGCAGUUCAACGAGACGUUCUAUUUGUUUCACGAGCUAUGGAAGGGUCCGCUGGAGGGCGCCGUGUUUGGUUAUAUUAUCUACCAGGUGAUUGGCUGGCCAGCGCUUGUGGGCAUGGCAACCAUUAUAGCCUUCAUACCGCUGCAGGUGUGGGCGGCCAAGGCGACGGCGCGCUUCAAGCGCUUGUCAGCGGAGUACGGCGAUGAUCGCGUCAAGCUGAUGAAUGAGAUUAUUACGGCCAUGCAGGUGAUCAAGAUGUAUGCCUGGGAGAAGUCCUUUGCCAAGUUGAUCGGACGCGUACGCAAAAAAGAGAUGAGUGCCAUACGUGGCUCUCAAUAUGUCUUUGCGGCACUCCAGUGCACCGACAUGAUCUCCAAGCUGUCGUUGUUUCUAGGCCUGGUGGCCUAUGUCUACACCGGAGAUGUGGUCACGGCACAGAAGGUGUUUAUAGUCUCUAGCUAUUAUGAUCAUCUCAAUCAGUCGCUGCUGCAUUUGUGGCCACGUGCCGUCAACUCCUGGGCAGAGACUUUUGUAGUGGCGCGACGCGUUUUGGACUUUCUGAUGCAGCAUGAGGAUCCUGCCGAUGGAGGCGUUAACAAUUUCACGGACGUGGACGAUGAUCUGCUGCAUGGCAACUACUUUGGGCGCAUGCACCAUCCGCUGGCUUUUCGCAAAAGCGUCACACUGCGCCAGCUUACUGCCAGCUGGGACCAGGGUAGACCGGAGAAACGCCGAUUGCACAUUGAGAACAUUAGCUUCCAGGCGGAGGAGCAACAAUUCGUGGGCAUUGUUGGUACUGUUGGUGCGGGCAAGAGCACGCUGCUAGCGGCGCUGCUGGGCGAACUGGACAUAAUCAGCGGCAGCGUGGAGAUGAACGGCGUCAUCUCAUACGCGCCGCAGGAACCCUGGCUCAACCGCUGCAGUCUGCGCGAUAAUAUAGUCUUUAUGGAACCCUUUGAUGAGCAACGCUACAGGGAAGUGCUGCGCGUGUGCCUGCUGGAGAAGGACAUUGAGCAACUGGCACAGGGUGAUGCCACGAUAGUGGGCGAAUCAGGCGCCAGUCUUAGCGGCGGGCAGAAGGCGCGUGUCAGUCUGGCCCGCGCGGUCUAUCGCAAGGCGGACAUCUAUCUGCUGGACGAUCCACUCUCCGCCGUGGACACGCACAUAGGUCGCCUGUUACUGCAGCGCUGCCUCAACGAGUUCCUCAGCGACAAGAUACGCAUUCUGGUGACGCAUCGAGUGCAGCUGCUGCGUCAUGUGGAUCACAUGCUGCUCAUGGAGGGCGGUCGUGCCGCCAUACAAGGACAAUAUGAAUCGCUUAAGCAGCUCAUACGCUUUCGCAUGUCCGUGGCCAAUGACAGCGAGGUGGCCAAGCUGCGCACCAUGCGCUCCGCCAGCAUCUUUGAGGAAGUGGCAACCCAUGAGCCACUUUCCCAGCAGCAACUGCUCGAAGCGGAACUGCGGUAUAAGGAGCAACAGCAGCAGGGUUCCGUAAAGUGGAGUACCUAUAAGGCCUAUUUGGCUGUGCUUGGUCUGCCGCUGCUGGUGCUCCUACUCCUGCUGCUGUUCGUGCUCGCGCGUGGCUCCGAGGCCACCAUGGAUAUAUUUCUCUCCAAGUGGGCCACCUGGGAGGAGAGCCAACCCGAUGAGCAUGAGGCGCCCAUUGAACGCAAGGAUAUUCGCACCAGGCUGGUCACCCUGUAUGCUGUGCUCAUCGUCAGCACGCUCAUACUCUAUAUACUGCGCACCUUUGGCUUCUUUAUGCUGUGCCUGCGCAUCUCCUUGCGCAUACACAAUCUGCUAUUCGAUGGCAUUAUACGCGCCUGCAUGCAGUUCUUUAUGCUGGCGCCCUCGGGGCGUAUACUUAAUCGCUUCUCCAGCGACAUACUGGCGAUUGAUGUUGCGCUGCCGCAAUGCAUGAUGGAAUCACUGGAGUUCCUAGUCAACGGCUUGGCUGUGCUCAUUGUGGUCUGCAUUGCCAAUCGCUGGCUGCUCAUACUGGCAGUCGUCAUGAUUGUAUUGCUCUAUCUGAGCCGUAGUCUCUAUAUAGGCGCUAGUCGCAGCCUCAAACGCAUUGAAACCAUUUCACGCAGUCCCAUCUACUCGCACACCAACUGCACCUUCAAAGGACUCACCACCAUACGCGCCUUGAAUGCCACCAAGCGCUUGGAGCGCGACUUUCACAGCUAUCAGAAUGAGAACACCUCAGCAGUGUUUUUGUUUGUCAGCGUCAAUCGCGCUUUUGCCUUCUGGACAGAUCUUAUCUGCGUGCUGUACAUCCUGGCAGUGACCUUUAGCUUUCUGCUCUUCGAUCGCGAUUAUUUCAGCGGCGAUGUGGGCCUGGCCAUAACGCAGUCCAUAACCUUGGGCAUUGUCUGCCAGUGGGGCAUGCGGCAGACUGUGGAGCUGGAGAAUCAAAUGACCAGCGUAGAGCGUGUGCUGGAGUACUGCAAGAUACAGCCGGAGCCGGCGUAUGAAACGGAGCCGCAUGUUAAUCUGCCCGAGAGUUGGCCCAGCGCAGGUCAGCUGCACUUUGAGGAUGUCCACAUGCGCUACAGUGAGCACAGCGCCUAUGUGCUGAAGAGUCUGAGCUUCACCAUACAUCCGCGGGAGAAGAUAGGCAUUGUGGGACGCACUGGCGCAGGCAAGUCCUCCAUAGUGCAGGCGCUCUUUCGCUUGGCUGUGAGCGAUGGCCUCAUCGAGGUCGAUGGCUAUGAUAUAGCCAAGCUGGGACUGCACGAUUUGCGCAGCAGAAUAUCCAUAAUACCGCAGGAUCCGGUGCUCUUUUCGGGCACACUGCGCUACAACUUGGAUCCGUUUGAGCAGCAGCGGGAUGAGCAGCUUUGGCAGGCAUUGGAUGCUGUCAAGCUGAAGCAGUUUGUGUCGGCGCUCCAGGGCGGACUCAGCUAUCGUCUGCACGAUGGCGGCAGCAAUUUUAGCAUGGGUCAACGCCAGCUCAUCUGCCUGGCGCGCGCUAUACUGCGGCACAACAAAAUACUCAUUAUGGACGAGGCCACAGCCAAUGUGGAUCCAGACACUGAUCAGCUCAUCCAGGAGGCUAUACACACGAAGUUUGCCAACUGUACGGUGGUGACCAUAGCGCAUAGAUUGCACACAGUUAUGGACUCGGAUCGCGUGUUGGUCUUGGAUGCGGGUCGUGUCGUCGAGCUGGGGCAUCCGCAUCAACUGCUGCAACAGCGCGCCGGCUAUCUGCAUCGCUUCGUGGAGAAGACAGGCGCCAGCAGCGCCAAGCACUUGCGCCAUGUGGCUGAGCAGAGCUAUCACAAGCGCGUGCUGGCCAGAAGCUGCAGCACUACAGCGGAGCCGCCAGCGCCCCUACCUGGACCGCUGGACAGGCUGAGCGUUUUUAGAGGCACCACGCUUUAAGAAAGACUGUAGACUGUAGGUUGUGUUAUGUUUUGUUUUAAGUUAUGGUAAUAUAGUUUUUAUUAUA